AUGGAUUAGGCUGACUGACACUUGCACAGACUUUCUGCAGCUUUGAAGGAGGAGGCUUCAAUGGCUGUUUCAACUGCUUCAAUUAUCUCUUCCCCGUCGCAGCGUCUCUUCAGUCGCCGUUCUUAUUCAACUUGCCACUCUAGCCCAUCAGUUUCGAAUCCUUUUGGUACUCUUCCAUUGAGAGGGUAUUCUCUUGAAAAGAAAGGAGAUGCACUCAAGAUAACCACCAAAGUCAGUGCCGCCGCUGUUGCAACCCAAACUGAAGAGGAAACUAAAAAGUAUCAAUUACCGACAUGGGCAGACUUUGAUCUAGGAAGAGCUCCUGUCUUCUGGAAGACCAUGAAUGGCCUUCCUCCUACCUCUGGUGAGAAGCUAACAAUAUUCUACAAUCCCAUGGCAAAAGGUUUGGCUCCAAAUGAAGAGUUCGGGGUUGCAUUUAAUGGAGGUUUUAAUCAGCCCAUUAUGUGUGGUGGUGAGCCGCGAUCUAUGCUCAAGAAGACUCGCGGCAAAGCUGAUCCUCCAUUUUACACCAUCAAGAUUUGUGUUCCUAAACAUGCUAUAAGCUUGAUCUUCUCAUUCACGAAUGGAAGCGAGUGGGACGGACCGUACAAAAUUCAGUUUGAGAGUCUUAAAGUAUGGAGAAACAGGCCCCUGGCCUUCUUUAACGAGGGGUUGGCUGAAGAAUUGAGCCGAGACGGUGCUUGUGAAAAAGCAAUUUUCCCGGAUUCCGAUAUUGUUCCUACUCGUUGUCGCAUGAUUGGUAAUUUAAAUGUUGAAGGGGGUGACCGCUGCGAGUUGAACUUUGUAACAGGAUGCACGGACCCAAGUUCACCGGAAUAUAACCCGUUAGCAAAUGUAGAUGACGGAUCUUGUCCGCCAUAUUCAGACUCAGAGUCAGAGGAAUAGAAUCAAACCUUCUGUGUCUAUUAUCCAACUUUGCAUGUAUGUAUAGUGUAUCAUAAAUAAUUUGAUUACAUUCAUAAUUUAUACAGUACAUUACAACAUAGUUAAAAAAAAAUUCUCAAGACCUCAUCCACAGAAACAGGGUUGCUCUGUUACUGUCUUUAUACUCGAGGAACAUUUAUGUCUCUUUUCUUUAUUUUCAAUCCUGCAACUUAUUAGUUCUUGUGUUUGUUAUACGGAAUAAGAACUAGUGCCUAAACGA